AUGACAGAAGAGCAAGAGCUUCUAGCCAAGAUCGGCCAGCUAGCUGGCCAAAUCAACCAACACAAGAAUCAACACCAACAUCCAGCACCUCCUACCGGCUACCAUGCCCGUCAUCCUCGCGCUGGAUGGGCUCCUUAUCGCGGACGAGGUGCUAGGGGUCGCCCAGCAGCGCAUAGAAACCGUACCCUAAUUCUCAACAAUAACACGGCAGACGCAUCGAAAACUGACAGUACCGACAACGCGACGCCGCCACCGGCCAGCACAAAUGGAUGGAUUGCGAAAAGAGACCGUCAUAUGCAACUAAUCAACACAUCCAUCUAUGACAAAGAAGUCCAAGCACGAACAAAAGCUAUCGCAGAAACCGAAAAGACGAAACGCGAGAAGAGGGCGAAGGCGGAGGAGGCCAAAGUCAUGCGAUACGCCCAGGGUGUUCACAGUGUGCAUGCCACUCCUGCAGCAGGGCCAAGCGGUGUUGCGACUCAGCCAUCGUCUUCGUAUCAGAUAUACAUACACGAUACACCUUUUCAGGUGGUACGAGGUGGAAGCAAAUUGAUCCGGCAAUCGAACGACCCCAAAAACGCAAACGCCACACCGAAGAAAGUGGUCGUCGGAGGUGUCACCUUUGUUCGCAGCAAGAAAGGGAACCUCCACCGUCUCGGCGCUGUGGUGGCUAAGAGGAAACCGAGCAAAAUCAAGAGGAAAAAUGAACUGUGCAAGCGAUUCUCUCGAACGGGUACCCGAUUCUCUCCUUACUACACAACUAUUCUAUACGACGCCAAGGCCGCGCGCUUGGUGUUAUCAAAAUACAAGGACCCGACUGCCCGUACAUCCACGACGCAAAUAAAGUGGCAAUCUGCAAAGAGUUUCUGCAAACUGGUAAAUGUCGCUCAGGAGAUAGCUGUGACCUCUCGCAUGAGCCAUCACCUCAUAGAUCACCUGUUUGUGUCCAUUUCCUUCGAGGCCGCUGCUCAAACCCGGAAUGUCGCUACACACAUGUCCGCGUCACGCCUGGAGCACCCGUCUGCCGCGAUUUUGCAGUACUGGGAUAUUGCGAAAAGGGCGCAGAAUGCACUGAUCGACAUGUCUAUGAAUGCCCUGAUUAUGCCAACACGGGGAAAAGCCACUGCUGCUGCAAAGACGUCUCCCGAUGGUGAGGACGAGGACGAGGAGGAUGUAUCCAGUGAAGAAGAAGAGUAUGACGAAAUCGACUCGGAUGACGUUGACUCGGAUGAGCUUGAUUCCGAUGAGGAUGAGCCCAUGAUGGAGUUUGUCGAGGGUGGUACUGACGAUAGAGAGCUUUCGGGACAGCAGGACUUUGUCCACUUCUAA